AUGGUUCGAUACAUUCUCACCGGCACCAGCGGAAAGCUGGGGUCUCGAGUCUUGCGAAAGAUUCUGGAAAAGCAGUUGAUCGCGCCGGAGGAUCUGAUCAUCUCGUCCUCAAACCCGGAUCGGGUCCCGGCCAUCGCGAAGGAGUACGGCAUCGAAGUCCGCCAAGGCAACUACGAGGACCCCGAGUCGCUCAAGUCGUCCUUUGUCGGGGGCGACGUGCUGUUCCUCGUGUCUCACGGCGACGCGGGCGUCAAGCGGGUCGAAUACCACAAGAACGCGAUCGAGAGGGCGCGGGAUGCGGGUGUCAAGACGGUCAUCUAUACCAGCAUGAUGUUCGGCGGCGAGACGGGCCUGGACAGCGUCAUCGGCAUCCAACAGGGCCACAUCGGCACGGUCAACUAUCUGGCACAGCAGCGCGACGUCGACUACGUGAUUGUGCGCGAAGGGCUGUACGCGCACGUGUGGAACUACUACGCCGGUCCCGCCGUGUCGACGGAGUUCAAGAAGGGCGACACUCAGCCCGUGGAGUGGGUGGUGCCCAACGACUCGUCGAUCGCGUGGGUCGACAUUGACGACCUCGCCGAGGGCAACGCCCUCAUCCUGGCCGACUACACCAAGUACAUCGGGCAGACGCUGCGGCUGACCGGGCCAAGGUCCACGCCCGUCAGCGAGAUCGCCAAGCUCGUCGAACAGCGCACCGGCCGCAAGGUGGAUCUGCGCUUCUCCGGUAAGGAAGAGGCUGUCUUGUACCACAAGGAACACGGGACCGUGCCCCGCGAGGCCUGGGACUGGCUCGAGAACAACUGGGCCGGCUGGUUCGUGGGUCUGGCCCACGGCGAGGGUGAGGUCGUGGAUCCCCUGCUUGGGCAGUUGUUGGGCCGCCCGCCCAGGGGCGUCGUGGAAAUGGCUGAUGAAUACUUCACCCCGAAGUAG